UGUUUAAACGUGAAAGUCCAUCAGGACCCGUUUGCCGUCCGGAAAACUGUUCAUUCUCAAGUUUCGUAAUUUCAAUUCCCAACUCCAAUUUCAUGUCUGGCAUCCCCUGUUACAGAUUCACCUGCAAAAUCGUCUACAACACUUAGUUUCUCACAGUCAUGUCAUUUACGGUCACGGUGUCCACUUCCUCUCCGUCCUCUUUCUCUUCUCAGUGGUUCAAUUCGGAUCCCAAAUUGACUAUCCGAUUUAUCUCUCUUAAAUCCACUCCUCUUCCUCGUCUUCUAUUUCCUCUUGCUCCUCAAGCUUCUAAAAGGGUUUUCAAUACAAACAAUAAUAAUAAUAAUAACACUAAUAUAGUAGAUGAUCAUGGAAUUUGGAGUCGUUCCAUUGACAAUGAGUUUUUGAAUAAUUUAAAUGAAGAAGAUGAGGAAGAGGAGGAAGAAGAAGAUAGAAGUUUGGAUCUGUUGGUUAGAUUCAUUCAAAACCUUUUCAAGAAGGUAUCUAAACAAGCCAGGAAGGCGGUGCGAUCGGUCUUGCCUGUUUCUAUCUCCACCAAACUGGUGACUUUUUCAGUGAAUGGAGUCCUAGUGCUGGCAUUUUUGUGGGUAUUGAAGGCAUUCCUUGAGGUGGUUUGCACCCUUGGAAGUGUAGUUUUCGUAAGCAUCUUACUGAUACGUGGAAUAUGGUCUGGGAUAACCUACCUACAAGAAAGCCGUUAUCUUAAGAUGAAUGAACUUGAUGAUGAUCACCAUGCAUGGACUGGUGCACAACCUGCAGCUUGAAUUUUUUUCAUUUAGAGAAGGAAAGGUUUCGGGGAUCGAAUCCCAAUCAAGAAUAAGAACAUAAGCCAAUUUGGUACUAUUGAAGCACUUGAAGGGAAAAUAAGGUAAAGCUUUUGUUGUAUGUAGAAUAGCAAGGAUACCCUUUAUAUAUUAUACAAGAUCACAUGCAUGUAUUAGUUAAAUUUUGAAUCUUUGCUGCUGGAAGAAAGCUACUUAUAAAUUUGGUAGCUUUUAAGAAUAACACCAUAAUAACAAUGUUGUAUCAUAAACAUUCUUAUGCUUAGAAGUGAGAUGCAAUCUUCUGUUUCGGAAAGGACUUGCUUCUGCAGAAUACAAUUUGUGCUUGGUUUGUC